CGCACCACCCUGCGAGUUGCGACAGGGUUGUCGUUACUUCAGGCGGGUCGUCAACAACAACAUGGCGUUUACGAACGGUCGUGUUUCGGUGACGCCGCAUAGUAGCAUGGCGUGUUGGCAAAGGGACGCGUGGUGUUGUGUGUUUGCGUUUUUGUUCACUUUUGUCGUACUUCAGCAUGCGCCUUUCGCGUGCUGUGCCAGUGUUGGCGAUCAACAUGACAAUUUGAACAAUAACGUGGUUCCUGGCGGUGACAGCAAAUCAAGGCGUGUUGAGCAGCCGACUGUUGUGAAGCUAGCUGAAGAUCCUGCAUGUGCUAGUGAAUUGCAGCAUCUGUGCUCCCCUAGCCAAUUGAAAAACAAUUUUAAUGUCUUGGACUGCGUUCAGAACGCCCAUCGAAAAGAAGAUGAAGGGCUGUCUAACGCUUGCCAUCACUUACUCUGGAAAUAUCGACGUGAUAUCACUCAAGACAACCGGUUCAAUGAUGCAGCAUCAAAGUUUUGCAAACGACUGAUGGAAAUGUUUCCUCAGUGUUUACCAGGUGAUAAGGGCCAGCUUCUGGCCUGCCUUAUAGACCACAGUGAGAAUGCAACAGAACCGGAGUGCCACACAUUCUUGGAGCGCAUGCAGUCAGUGGUCUUCUCGGACUACCGGCUUGUGUACAAAUUUACGGAUGCUUGUGACUCAGACAUUGAUCGCUUCACUUGUGGCCGGAUACCAAAGAUUUCUGAUGAGCGCCACUCUCAGGGAGCAACACUUGAGUGCCUAUCACGUGUAAUUAACCAGCUUCAAGAUAAUUGUCGUCGGGAGUUAUUGCACUUGGCCAGACUUCAAGGGGAGGAUUUUCAUUUGGAUCGGCCCCUCUUCUUUGCGUGUCAGGAAGACAGAGACCGCCUGUGUCCUCACGUGGCAUCAGGGGAAGGUCGCAUCUAUCGUUGCCUUCUGCGCCACCGCUCCAGCAGAGAAAUGAGUGAACAGUGCCGUGAGAAGCUGGUCCAGAGGGAGCAGCUGACGAUGCAGGACUUCCGGGUGAGCCAAGGUCUGAGUGGAGCAUGCCUGCAGGACAUCCGCAUGUAUCGCUGUCGUGAAAAGACCUCAAAUCGCCGGGAGUUCCGCUUGGCCCAGAUCCUCCUUUGCCUUGAGAAUGCAAUGCACAAAGACUAUCCAGUGGGAGCUGAAUGCCAACAGGAAAUGUUGGAGCACCGUCGCUUCCUUCUUGAGAACUACCAACUCACACCAGACUUGGCAUCAUCAUGUGAGCAGGAUAUUGCAACCUUCUGCCGGCGGCGUCUUGAGCCCAAUGGCAAGACCCUCCACUGCCUUAUGAGGCAUGCAAGACCUUCAGCUCAAGGCAGCCAGCGUCUCUCAGACCAGUGCCGUCGACAGGUGGAGCACGUGCUGAAGGUUUCUGGUGCUGGAGAAGAUUGGCGAGUGGACCCUGUUCUCCAAGAAGCCUGCCAAUCCACUGCUUCACACCUCUGUCAGGAUGUCAAGCCAGGGCGGGGAAGGAUGCUGUCAUGCCUAAUGGACCAAGUGAGCAACAUUGCCAUGAAGGACACCUGCCGAGAAGCCUUGUUGCAGAUCCAAUAUUUUGUUGCACGUGACUUCAAAUUGGACCCUGUCUUGUACAAGGAGUGCAGGGCAGAUGCAGUGACAUACUGCAAAGCCAAGAAGGAAUGGCAUGAUGACCCUACCCGCAUGGACCCAGAAAGAGGCCCAAUAGUGCUUCCUUGUUUGUACCGUUACGCAUACCAUCCAGAUGACAGCGUUCGGCUUUCAAAGCAAUGCCUUUAUGAAAUUCGAAGAGUAAUGCGACAACGAGCUGUCUCCAUCGAUCUCCAUCCUGAAAUUGAGGAGCCGUGCAUGCCUGACCUAGCUGGCAUGUGCAGUGACCAUCUGGGACGCGGGGAGGAGAUGCAGUGCCUUCAGGACAAUCUGGAAAAACUGAGCCGGGAUUGCCGGGCAGCAGUGGCCAACUACACUGAGGAAGAAGCUGAGCAUCUGGAGCUGAACUAUCCACUCUACCACAGCUGCCAGGCUGUGCUGAAGGACCUGUGCAGUGACUUACUUUCUAAGGAUGUUGAUCAGGGAGACCUUCUUGGCUGUCUGGUUCAACAUAAAAAUGACUUUCGCAUGAAAGAGGACCAACGCUGCAGGGCUGCUCUCGAGCACUUCCAGCUGAUUUCACUGAAAGACUACAAAUUCAGCUAUGCCUUUAAGGAAGCCUGCCGGAAGGACGCUCAGACAUACUGUGGGAACUCAAAGUCUGGUGCUGAUGUUGUGAGCUGUCUUAGCAAGUUGGUGCUGGAUGAUGUCACAGAUGAGAAGACACCACGAGUCUCUUCACGUUGCAGGCAGCAGCUGCGUGCAGAACUUUUCCAAAGGGAAGAAAAUAUCAAGCUAGAUCCAAAACUGGAUGCUGCUUGUGUCUCUGACCAACGUAAUCUGUGUGGCAAUGUUCAUCCUGGUGAAGGCGCAAUGCUCGAGUGCCUCAAGGAACAUAAGAAUAAGCUAACUCGAGAAUGCCACAUUGCAAUAUUCCAGCGAGAACGUUUAGAAGCAGAAAGUGUGGGUUUGGACUACAGUCUCACAUUGGCAUGCAAGUCCGCAUUGCGCCAAUUCUGCCCAGAGGUCGAACCCACCCGUGCUCUUCACUGCCUGGCAGACCAUCGGAAAGAACCAACAAUGGAUGUUCGGUGCCGCACUAUGGUGCAGCGCCGCCUGGUGGAACAAAACACAGACUACAGGCUCAAUUCCCAGUUACAGCAUGCCUGUCGCAUGGACAUUGCCAAGUUCUGCUCAGCCCUUGUGCUUGACAAAGCAGCAGAAAGCACAGAGCUCCAGGGAAAGGUCAUUCAGUGCCUCAAGGCACAAUUUGUUCGGCAUCAGCUGACAAAAACGUGCGAGCCUGUGGUGAUGGGCAUAGUGCGUGAUGCAGCACUUGACUAUCAGCUAGAUCCUGUCUUGGCAAGAGCCUGUUCUUCUGAGAUUCAGAGUUCUUGCAAGGAUGACCGUGACAUAGAGGAAUGCUUAAAAUCGCACUUUCAAAACCGUGACAUCAAAAAUCCAGACUGUAAAAAGGAAGUUGCUCGUCUCAUACAUGAAGGCAAGGCUGACGUUCAGGCCGAUCCUAUUCUGUAUAAAGCAUGUUUGCAUGACAUCAAGCAUUUCUGCCAUGAUCUCACACCUGGCCAGGGCCACUUGCUUUCCUGCCUUCUGACGGGUUUAGAGUCGGAUACAAUUGCCUUGACAGAGGAGUGUCGAACCCUGCUUUCAAAACGAGUGGAAAUGUUUGAAUAUGCCGCUCAGGUGGCCCCUGUGGAGUCCAUUCGAGAUGUAGUGCAACAAAUUGCCAACUCUCCUUCACGGAACUAUUUUGUAGUGGUUGCAAUGGGUGUAUUAGGCAUCAUCUUUGUAGGGGGAUUGUUUUGUGGCCGUGUCACCAAGAGACUUCCAGCAAACAUCAAGAACAAAUGACAUGUGCAAGUGGGGAAGCAAAAGGGCAACGAAGAGUGAAAAAAAAAAAGAAAAGGGUGCAGUCUGCCUGCUGAGAGACCAUACCAUAGCUCCACGUUACUGGAGUCACUGCAGCAUUGAAAUCCACCGUGAAGUUCACAUGCCUUAUCAAAGGCAAGCCAAAGUUUCACCCGUGAACACUGUUGGAGCUACCUUUGCGGCAAGAUUCAUUCAUGCAUGCUUAAUGGCAACAGCAUGAUGAGUUUUGUGAGAACAAAGGCCUUCCUACCCACUCCACCACUGUUGCCAUGUCAAACCUAGUUGUGUCACUCGUAUGAACAAUUGAUUGAGCACCACAAUGUCGACAUGCUAUGUUUAUGGUCUAUGAUUGUGUUGGUUGUCUUCUUCAGCACUUUUUUUUUUUCUUUAAUGUUGUCAUUUUGUGAAGUCGUAGAAAAUGAGUUAGCCUGCUUUGAAGGAGUGCUUGGUGGUCAGGAAUGUUUACAUGGUUUUAAAAUAUUUUUUUGUAAAUUUGUGCUUUGUAUAGAGUGAUACCAUCACUGAAGUAAUAUCUUACCCUGGUGGGCAUUCUACCAAAGCUGCAUUUUUAUCUUUUUUGUUCUUCUUGCUGUUGUGUUUAUUAUUGUCACUCGAUGUCUUCUGUUCGUUUGGUGUGUUUCCCCAAGUCAUCCUAGGGCACACUACAGAAGACCUCGGAAUCAGUGUGCAAUCAAUUUGUGCAUCACUUAUUUCUAAUAUCUCGCAAAUGCAGGAUGUUUAGCUUUGUUGAGCCAUCCUGCUUCACCUUUUUUUGUCACCAUCUUUUGUUGGUGUUUUUAUAUAUGUACAUGUUUACUGUAUACAUGUAUGUACAGCCUCCCGCAUUUCUAGCUAUAUCGCGCGAGCGUCCACCACGUGUCAUUUUAGCGCCUUUAAGUGGCAAUAAUCAGCAAGACCGGCAGAAGUACUCUCCUGUGCAAGAGUUGUCUCAUGCGAUGUUUCCUUCAGGACGACGUACGACCAUAUUAUAGUGUUCUUGCACGAUAUAGCUGAAAUGCAGGAGGCUGUACAUGUAUACUUUAUAUACUCUUAAUAUACACGUAUGUUGUGUGGCAAUCUUGCACAUAGUGCUGGAUAUUUAAUCAGUGUGGUAUCAUUUUUAUACUUUUUUUAACUUAAUGAAAUUUAAAAUCAGAAGUUCUAAAAACUAGAUUUCUUGCUACCUUAUGCAGAGUUUUUCUAACUGCUUUAUUAAACUUUUGGCUUCUUUUAGCUAACAUUUUGAACUCUUUUAUAGUUUAUAGUAUCUAUAUUUUCUUUGAUGCCUUGAAUUACGGCUGUAUUAGAGCUACAUAUUGAAUAAUUGGAAGACCAUGUCAACGUUUUUGUUGGUAUUACAUGUCACUUAAAUGGAACAGACUAGCAGCAAUAUUUCAUCUCUGAAAACUGUUUCAUGCUGUAAUCUAGUCUAGCAUUUUCAGCAUGUGCUACUGCACCCCUGUUAGAUGUAUUGCCGCAUUCAUUUAUUAGGCCUGGUUUAUGCUUUUCUGAAAAUUACAUCAUUAGGGGUAGGCAGUCAAGUCCUGUUUUUGUGCUUGGUAGCAACUUGUGGCAGAUAAAAUCUCUUUACUUUGCACGUGGUUGGAAAAAAGCUCUGGUCUAUAAAUAUGAGAUCAUUUGGUGAUAUAUUAAGACUAGUGCACAUCAUGGCCCGUCCAGUGCUACAUAACCAUUAGUAAUAGGCACAUUUUUGUAGCUUUUGCCAAAAGCUUGUCAUUGCUUUCUGCAAAAUCAAGGAGCUUCAUUGUUGUAAAUAACUUUGAACAAACUUAUUGUGAGUAAAUGCUUUGCAUGCCUUUAUUUUGGUGUGUGUGUGUGUGUGUGUGUGGCACUGUAUUAGUGCCUUAUUUGUUUGUUCUUAAGAACAUUUGCUUGCCUUUGUUUCAAGCUCCAUGACGCACUAAAAUUGACUCUUUGUGUCCACACCAUUCCUCUGAAUUUCUAUUAUGUUCUUGUCUGUCGUGCGCAAGCUCCUGUCAAAGGCACAUUCUGCAGCAAGUCUCUUGCCACGUUAAGUCCUUGAUUGUAAAAUGGGCACAUGGCUCUUCCAUAACACUUUUCUACCAAGUUUGUGAAAAAGACACAACAGCCUGUGAAAUUUGGAGAAUGUUACAUGGCAUGUUGUGAGCUGGUGUGCAUCAACUUUCACUGUUUCAAUUAAAGA